CCUCCUCACAUCCUUCAACCAACCAGGCUUGCCGAGUCGCCGACCCCAGAAUCUCGCCGCCCUACAUACUUUGUACAAUCUGCUGACUCUCUUCACCACGGCCUUCGGAAUCAUUCCACGGCACUCACGGCACGAAAGACGCCACGUUGGACAACGACAUUGUACAGCGCACGAGCCCGGCAACAAUGCAGAGAAGAGUCCUCCCGCUGGCAAGUUUCGCCUAGGCAUUCCGGCCAUGUACGAACUCCACUCAACUUUUCAUUAGACCGUCUGUCCGUCGUGCUGUGCGCUGACCACGAACGAGAGACAAUCCCCGUGGGGUCACGGGGUCAGUCGCCGAACCAAGGAGAUUAUCCAUAGGGCUUCACGAAACCCUCCGCGAAUGCUACGACGAGGUGGCGACGUCCUUGUGUCUGCCCACAACUCGAGUUGCGGCUGAGUCUCACAGUGCCAUCCCGCUGUUACGAUUGGGAAAUGCAACAUGGAGACACAACGGCCAAAACAGACCUUCGCACGACAGGCGCUCACCACCGCGACUGGGCAGGGCAGCAUGCACUUCUUGCCAGCGCGUGCUAGGCUGACGACGUUUUUCUCGCGAUAUACUCGGUCCUCCUUCGCACAACAGCGGCGUCCGACGUCGAGGUUGUCAAUUUCAAAUAUUCCGGCCAUGCUACGACGGCACUGGCGUUCGUUCUUGUGGAUUCCGCCCCCAACGGUCGGCAGUUUCGGGUGACCGCCAGACUGCUACCAGACCACACCAGAGUCCUCACACCGGGCUCGUUGUCCCUAUCAUUCGAUGCGACUACCUAUACGAAGCGCAUGUCUUACAUGUGAACGUGUGGCAGAUGUUGUAUUUGAAGCUCCAACUAUCGUGAGUAUCGCAGCGUCCGCAAACGAACUGCGAGUCAAGCACGAGAUUAUCGUCAUCACCCAAACCAAGGAUAUGCUGUCUAGAAAUUCCGAUGGGCGCAGACACGAGACUCGACUGUGGGUUAAGAUGAGAGCGCCGGAAACCGGCUCUUAUCAUUCCCACUUCACGCCACUUCCACUUCGUAUUUUCUCGUUUCGCGCUGCAAUGGGUCAAGAAGGAACCGAAAAAGCAAAGAAAUCAAGAAACACGGCGGUAGCCAUUCGGAAUGCCCGCGCUUCAUACUCAUGGUGUGCAUGCUUCGCUCAACCUUCCCAUGAUCUUCUUUCCCCUGAUCAUCGUCGUCAGGGAGCACCCUUGAUAUUUGACAUGCGAAAUGGGUUUCAGCGGUUAGCUGAUGGAGGCGGUGCGCCAAUCAUCCGAACCUCUUAAGUUAUCACAGACGACACAACCCAGCCAGGGCCUGUCGUCCCUGAGGAUCACAUCGCACUCAAGCAUUGCAUUAUCACUGUCCUUCCCCCCCCAAAUAACCCUGACACCUCCACAUACGCCAGACUCUCGAUCCCGUGUGCAAUGAAUUUGUCGAGAGGACGCGACACGUCGCGCACACAGCGUCGUCAAAACCCCUUACUGCAGCGUAGUGUUAGUGGCCUUCACCGUUUGUUAGACAGCGACUGAUUCAUAACACAUCAAGCCGCACCCACCGCCAGGCGGGGUUGCGUUCAACAACCCGUAAAUCAUCUCGGCGCUGCCAGACGAUAUAGCCCCCAAGUCAUAGUAACCAAGAGAUGAGAUGCUUGCCCCCUCAGAGAGACGCCUUCGGCCGAAUACACUGGCCUGCAAGCAGGGGUUUCGAAGUAAUUAGGAUGCACACUCAUCCCUCGCUCGACUCCAUUUGCAAUGAUGUCCGGCCGUUGACCCAAGGGUGGACGGCAAGACACUUCCGCUGUAUGCGAUGCAAUGUCUCAUGUCUUCCAAUUGCCGCACCGAGCAAGUGAGAUUAUCCUUCUCCAUCGACUCCGAAUUCCACCUAUUUCCACGUAAGUCAACGAUGAACUGAGGGGAACGGAAUGAUACGAGACUAGAGACGAGUGAGAUCUGGAAAAAGUCUGGAUGUAUGUGGGGUUUCUGGCUGGAAUGCAAUGACGAUAGUCGACUGGAACUCGCCAGCAGAAGUGACCCGCCAGUGUGUGUGGCUUGGGACCGAACCUACAGAACCGCAUUGCGCACUUCAUGCGCGUAUAGUCAUGCCUCUAUCGUUUGCAAAGGGGUCCCCGCGAAACAAAGCCAGCAAGCUCAUCGGAAUGCGCGAGGCAAUUUUGGCUAUCGAGAUGUGACAGCAGCGAUCAUCCCCCGAAACGCCCUGAGUGGAAGCCUUGCCGACGACAUUUCCCUCAGGCACCAUCCAGCCACAGCUCCAGCUUCAGCCACAGCUGUGCCACAUGCCACCUUACGUCGACACAACACCGCAAUCAGCCAACCCGAUCCAGGAGACAAGAGGCACAAGUGGAAUUCAGAACAAGCCGAAAACGAUGCAUUGAGCCGUAUUUGAAGCCGUCACGACCCUCACGAAGCUGAUGAAAUGAUUAUUGCACCCUGAAUUUCUCCCCAGUGCUCAAAGAUGGAUGAUCUCUCGGGACUGAACUGGUCGACGUCGGCCAACCAGCCGAACAACAAGCCGCCGCCGAUGAACCCCUCGGGUGCCAAUUACUUUGGUUCGAUACGACCGGCCAAUUCGACGCCAUCCCCGUUCCCCUCCGGCCGCAACACGCCACUCUCCGCCCAAGGCUCUGGUCCUGUCGCCGCGAAACCUGCGGCUGCGAAGCCGGCCGCUGAUAGCUUCAGCAACCUGCUCAGCUUCAGCGCUGCUGGAGCUGCGAAGCCCACGUCGAAGCUCACCUUGCUGGAGCAGCAGCAACAACUCGAGGCGGAGAAGAGGAAGAAGGAAGAGGAGAGGAGAAAACAAGCGCAGGCGCAGUUUGGUGGGGGUUUCUUGGACACGCUCGGAUCGGGCUCCGUCUCGCUGACGGCGUCCCCAGGCAUCCUGUCACCCGGCUCCUCUACCGGCAAGAAGGCCACCGACGACGACGACCUCUUUGCCGCCUUUAACUCCGAGACCAAGGUCGAUAACGCGAGCUUUUACCCGCCUCCGCCUCAGAAGAGCCCCUCGCCCGCUAAUGUGCCGGGCCUCGACCUGAGCAAUCCAAGCGCAUGGAACCAGGCCCCAAGCCUUGCCAACAAUGGCGUAUUUGGAGACGAUGAUGAUCCGUUUGGUCUGAACCAGCUGAAGCCCAAGGCUGCGUCCCCGGCACCGCCACUUCCGACAGACAACGACGACGACUUCCUCGGUGAUCUGGCCCGCCCGGUUGAAGAAGUUCGGCGCAAACAACCUACCCCGCCGCAGCCCCAGCACUCUGAGCCUGGAAAGCCCAUCGAGGCGUCCGACUCCAGCUCCGAAGACGAGCGGCCGGCUCCCAGGGGCGAGAUGGCCGAGUUUGACAGAGCCGUCGCCCAGCUUGUUGACUACGGCUUUACCCCUGAAAACGCACGGCGUGGAUUGACGGAGAGCGAUGCGGGGCUCAACGUGCAGGCGGCUGCCAACUGGCUUCUGGACGACGCGCACCGACAAGCUAAGGCAAAAGCGCAAGGCAAGAGUCCUGCCGUUGCACAGAGGAGAGGGCGGGAGGACGGCAGCAGCAGACAAGACGGCCAGCGGAGAGCCGAUACAAGAUCCCCGGUAGGCGGCGACCCAGAUCUCUCCAAGACUGCAGCCGCUGUGGGAAACAGCCUUUUCAAGACGGCCAACUCGCUGUGGAAGACGGGUAAGAAGCAGGUUCAGCAGGCGGUUGCCGACUUCAACCAGCCUGAGGGUGAUCCUAACCAGCCUAAAUGGAUGCGCUCGGUUCAGGUCGACCGCACGCAACCCGAGAAGAGGGUGCCGAAGGCGACGGACGAGGCCCUGAUGCUGGAAUCGGGUGGUCGACCUCCAAGGAAGGCCGGACAGUCCUCGCAAUCACCACGACCAGACGCACCGCGUAGGACAACAUCCGCGCGUGAUCACUCCCCCGCCGUGUCAGCCCCCUCAAGUGGCAGAGGAACUCCGGUGCCGAGAUGGCAACAGCAGGGCGGCCCAGCGUUGCCGGAUUCGAGAACCCGCGCGAGCAAGUUGGCAAUGGCAGACGACAAUGCGGCAUCCUAUGUUAGCCCUCACAGGAGGAAGAAGGGUACGCCUCAGCCGGAGGCGCCGACGCGGCCGCAGCAGGACGAGCCCGACCUGCUUUUCAGCUCUCAAACACAGGCCCCCAAGCAGGCCCAGUCGCUCCCGCAGCGUCCAGCCCAGCCCUCGCAACCAUCCUCUCGGCCUGCUCAGCCUGCCCAGCGUUCAUCACCUGCACCGAAACCGGCACCUCGGCCUGCUCGCCAAAUUCCGUCGAUCUCGCCCGCGGCGAUACAACAGUCCACCAAACAUCGACUCGACGGCACAGCCCACUUCAAGAGAGGAGACUACGGCGCAGCUCACUCGUCCUACUCGGCUUCCCUGGCAGCCGUGCCGUCGUCGCAUCCGCUUGCGAUUGUCAUUCUCACAAACCGCGCACUGACAGCCCUCAAGACUGGGGAGCCAAAGCAGGCAGUCGAGGACGCCGACGCCGCGCUCAAGAUCAUUGGUCCGUCAGGCGGUCAAGGCGAGCACGUAGCCGUUGUGGGCGACAACGGCGGUGAAGAGCGCCGUGAGAUGCGCGACCUGUACGGCAAGGCCUUGAGCCGCAAGGCCGAGGCACUCGAGCAGAUGGAGCGCUGGGGCGAUGCGCACGCCGUCUGGUCGACGUGCGUGAAGGACGGUGUCGGCGGGUCGAGCGCCAUCUCGGGCCGCCAACGUUGUCAGUCUGCCCUGGCGCCGAAGCCGAAGCCAAAGCCCAGGCCCGCUGCUGCUGCUCGACCUCGGCCAGCUGCGGCGCCCGCGAAGAGCUCCGAUGCCGUGGAGCGUCUGCGCAAGCAGAACCAGGCUGCUGCGCAGGAGGACGACGAGAAGUUUGCGCUGUCGGAGAAGGUCGACGCCAAGAUCGCCGCCUGGAGGGACGGCAAGCGGGAGAACUUGCGCGCGCUCAUUGGCAGCCUGGACCAGGUCCUCUGGGAGGGCAGUGGGUGGAAGAAGGUCGGGUUGCACGAGCUCGUCAUGGCCAACAAGGUGAAGAUUCACUACAUGAAGGCCAUUGCUAAGUGCCAUCCCGACAAGCUUCCCCAAGAUGCCAGCACGGAGGUGAGGCUCAUUGCCGCGACGGUUUUUGCGACGUUGAAUGAGAGUUGGGACAAGUUCAAGGCCGAGAACGGACUGUAAUGGGACAUAGGUUCGCCUGGAUUGGUUAUGAGCGAUCUACACUGUACCGGAUGGACGGACAGACGGACCCAAGGACCAGCAUGAUAAUCACAGGGAGAAACCAUGAAACGCAAGCUAUGAAAAAGCAAGCAAAUCAAGAUAAAGUGAAUGAAUGAAGCGAGAUUCGAUUCCCCAAACGCCAUGCUAUGCAAGCCCUUCCUGACCAUAUCUGUUCUGUACUUGCACACCACACAAGGCCACCUGCCAACCUACUCGGCGCAGUCUCUUCGUGUAUAAUGUGUCGACAUAUGGCCGUCUCCCGGCCUGCGGCCGCCCGUACGUUCCAUUCUCCAAUGACAAAACACCUCUUCCACUUCC